UCUGGGUUUGAUUUUAAUGGGGAGUAGCCUACCCCGGCUCGCUUUACAACCUAUGGAUGUACUGGACGGUUUUCAGUUGGUUUGAGCUUCGGGCGCGGAUGGGUGCACUAGUCUACUUCCUUUCAGCGUCCCGUCACUUUUGACUAUGAAGCGCGGGUUUCUCUCAUCCUUUUAAUAUUUUAACGAGGCGAGUGUGAGAAACGCGAGACGGUUGGAGUGGACGAUUUCUGAUAAAAGAGAACCUAAAGGCUAAUUGGCGUGGAUCUCAGGGGACGUCCUUUUUUUUUAAAUUAAAAGACAGCAACAUCCACGGCUUGACACUGGGGAAGGGCUCUGGUCAGGCAGAAGUGAAGGGUCACUGAGCUCAGACACUCUCCCUCCAUUGACUCACAAUUAUACAGACAUAAGGGACAGUCACACACACACAGACACGUCUGCAGGACACAUACAUCCACAUUUCUACACACAGACUUUUGGGCACACACACACACAGACUCAUCUGUGCAUAAACACAGACACACAUUCACACACAGGCCCUCUGAGCAGGAUGAGGGAACCCUGGAGGUGCUUGCUGGGCCUGUGCCUCCUGGCAUGCUCAGCCUCCACACACAGUGCCACGAAUCCAUUUGCGGGGCAGCAGACCCCUCCAGACCCUUGCUAUGACGACACAGGCGCAGCCCGGCGCUGUAUCCCCGAGUUUAUCAAUGCUGCCUUCGGCAAGGAGGUGAUGGUGUCCAGUGUCUGCGGCCGCCCUCCUUCACGCUCCUGCAGCGUGGUGGAGCGGGGAGAUGAUCGACCUUCCGUGCGCUCUUGCCAACUCUGUGAUGCAGCUGACCCUCGACGUGCCCACCCUGCUUCCUACCUCACUGACCUCAACUCUGCCCACAACCUCACCUGCUGGCAGUCAGAGAAUCUGAACACCUCACCACACAACGUGACUCUCACCCUUUCACUGGGUAAAAAGUUUGAGAUCACCUACGUCAGCCUGCAGUUCUGUUCACCACGACCUGAGUCCCUGGCCAUAUACAAGAGCAUGGACUACGGCAAGACCUGGAUGCCCUAUCAGUUCUACUCCUCACAGUGCCGGCGUAUGUACAAUCGGCCCAACAAAGCAACCAUUACCAAGCAGAAUGAACAGGAAGCUCUAUGCACAGAUGGCCACACUGACCUCUACCCGCUUUCUGGAGGGCUCAUUGCUUUCAGCACUCUGGAUGGACGGCCCUCUGGCAAAGACUUUGACAACAGCCCGGUACUUCAGGACUGGGUGACUGUCACAGAUAUCCGCGUGGUCUUCAGCCGGCCACAGCUACCUCGGGAGCUGGGGCUGGGAGCUGGAAGCAACAGCGGAGGGAGGGAUGAUGACCCCACAGCAGUGACCUCAACGCUGCCAACUUAUUUCUAUGCAGUGGGAGACUUCCAGGUGGGCGGGAGGUGUAAAUGCAACGGACACGGCUCACGCUGUCUGAAAGACAAGGAAGGCAAACUGGUGUGUGACUGCAAGCACAACACAGAGGGCCCUGAAUGUGACCGCUGCAAGCCCUUUCACUACGACAGGCCGUGGCAGAGGGCCAAUGCUCGCGAGGCCAAUGAGUGUCUGCCGUGUAACUGCAACCUGCACGCCCGCCGCUGUCGAUUCAACAUGGAGUUGUAUAAGCUGUCAGGGAGGAAGAGCGGAGGAGUCUGCAUGAACUGCCGCCACAACACUGCAGGCCGCCACUGCCACUACUGCAAGGAGGGCUUUUACAGAGACAUGGUCAGGCCGAUCACUCACAGACGAGCGUGUAAAGCCUGUGACUGCCACCCUGUGGGCGCAGCAGGCAAGACGUGCAACCAGACCACAGGCCAGUGCCCCUGCAAGGACGGCGUCACCGGAAUUACCUGCAACCGCUGCGCCAAGGGCUACCAGCAGAGCCGCUCACCUGUGGCCCCCUGCAUCAAAAUCCCAGUGGUCAAUCCCACAGCUGUGGUGAGCAGCACAGAGGAACCAGCAAAUUGCGAGUCCUAUUGUAAACCAGUAAAGGGCAACCUGAAGAUCAACAUGAAGAAAUACUGCAAAAAGGACUAUGCGGUCCAGGUGAACGUGCUGGACAUGGAGACGGUGGGGGACUGGGCUAAGUUCUCAGUUAACGUGGUGUCCGUGUACAAGAGCCGCGGCGAGCCCUUGAAACGAGGCGACAACAUCCUGUGGGUACACAUGAAGGACCUCGCCUGCAAAUGUCCCAAGAUCCAGAUGAGCAAACGAUUCUUGGUGAUGGGCGGCAGCGAUGGUGGAACGGGCACAGGAGCAGGGACUGGGGUUGGGCCUGGGGGUGGAGCCACCAGUCCAGGGGCGGAGCGCGUGGGCCUAAUGGCUGAUAAGAACAGCCUGGUGAUCCAGUGGAGGGACGUUUGGACGAGACGCCUGAGGAAGUUCCAGCGCAAAGAGAAGAAGGGGAAGUGCAGCAAAGCGUGAUGGGGGAUGCAGCAUUGAUCCCUACCUCUUCCUCCUUCGCCCACCUUCAUGAACCCUUACCCUCCUUCUCCUCCCCCUCAAUCCUUUGUCUUCCCCCAUCAAGGGAACACUGCACAUUAGAAAGACUGCAUGUACCCUACCUGUUUUAAGGACCACGUUUUGUGUAUAUUGUAUAAUUAUUUUCCUUUUUAUUUUUCAAGUUUGUCUUUGUCUUUUUUUGUCCGAUUGGUUUGCCUUAAAAAGGGACCAUUAAAAAGGGUAUGAAGUGUAAACAAAAGCAGACGCCAUUCCCUCCCUCGACGACAGCGGAAACGUCCACUCGUCCCCCAACUGCGACCCCCCCCCAACCCUCAGCCUCCUCCUCCUCCUCCUCCUGUCUGACUGUCUCCUGCUACUUUGACAUAUAAUAAUACCAGUGCUCACACUUCACAUACUUCUCUGAGGAUUUUAUUCAACAGUGUUUGCUCACUCCAGAAAAAAAAAACUGACUGAUUUCAGCAACAAGACAAGCUGCACAUCAUCAGCUUGGCCUCCUCACGUUUCAUUGUUGAAACAAACUCAACUUGGAUCAGCACGAGCUGUACCACCUGACAACCUUUCAACAUUUGCUGUUAAAAUGUUCAUUAAAAAAAUGGGCCUACUUGCUCCAGGUCUCCGCAGUAACUUCUACAGACUGUAACUAUAAAACUCUUGCCCCCGUGAGGAACCAAGGGCUCCCUUUGCAGGGACAUUUUCCACAGCAAACCUCAGUCUCACCACCACUGCUGCUGCUGCUGCCACCAGAAUAAACUGCUCAUGCAAGCUGUUAUAUCUGCAAGUAUUUGAUGCCACUGCUCAUAGUUUAUAUUCUUUGUGUGGCUCGGUUUUAUCGCAUCCAUCCAUAUCCCAGCCAUAUCCUUAUUUGAGAUGUAUCUUUUUGUUUCAUUUUAGGCAGAACAAACCCUGUUAGCAUGUGUGAGUCACAUUCCAGGCCUCCGGGGCUGUGCCUCUUCACCACUAGUCCCUCUCACGAGUGGUUUAUAAAGUCAUGCAUCACCAUCAUGACUCAUUGCUUGUCACUUUUUCUGGAAGACAGAUUAAACGGUGUGGACAAAUGGCUGGAAUUACAGAACAAUACCAAUAUUUCUGAGGAGACUUCUUGCUUUAUGGAUAAUGUCUUCCGCUGGGUAGUGGCCUUCCAGAUGUUUCUGUGUGGCCACUGUCAUUUCUUUGUAUUUAAAUGUCUGAACCUUUUCCUGAUGUGUCUAGUGACGGGCAGGCUUUUGUUUGCCAAAAUAAGAGAUUGAAACGAGAGUUCCUUUUCAUGCAGUAAAAAGAAAACAAAGUCGGAUAAACAACAUAGUUGUGUUUUUCUCGAGCAUAUUUUGACAAAAUGAAUGAGGCUGGAAAGUUUUUAGUGCUCACUGAUUGUAUUAUGACAUGAGAGGAUCAUAUUUCAUUCCUCAUGUGCUUUGUUAUGUUUGCAUGUUUGUGGUUUUUGCUGGUCCAUCAAAACCUUACAGUGAGCAGAGCAAGACCUUAACCAAUAUGAACAUCAAGAUCCAAAGGAAAACUUCCCAAGUCAUCUUCCCCCCAGUUGCCUACCCUGACACAGCCCCUGUCAUCCUUUGCCAAAUAAGCAUAGUCAGUUUUUAAAUUCAAUUAAGAGACUAUGGAAGUCAGGACCAACGAAAACCACAGAGAGACCCGUCUGGUUGCUCUCAAGCUUUUUUAUCUGCCUUUCGCUGUUAUUUCAUUUUGUAAAGCACAUUACAAUUUAUUUAAAUAGAGUACAAGAUAAACGCACCGUUCUGAGAGGCUAGUGUAGCGAGUGUGCCGACAGGCAAGUCAUGCUGGCUGGUGGUUAUGCACCUCUGGCUGCAGUGGUUUGUUUGGUUUGUCAUUCUUCCAAAAGUGUCUCUCCUCCGCUUUCUUCUAUGUGUCAGCCACCACCCUCCCCCUAAACUCUCUCUUUUUUUUUUAACCCAUUUUGCAUGUCGUGUAUUCAGUGUUUUUAGAUAAGUGACGGCACAGAACGAGGCUGCCAAAACUCCUCAGUUGUGUACUGUACUGCACUGUAGUUUUCACGUCUUCCGAGAAUGUACGUCAAACUGUGAAGAACACACUCAUGCAGGUGUAUGGUCUGAUUGUGAAGUGUUACAUAAUGAAAUAAUGUCACAAAGCUUAAGAAUGUGGACGCCAUGACAGUUGAUGCCGUUAUAAACUAUGAUUGUGGAUCUCAUAAUGACAUUUUAAAUUUUCGAAUCCAAAAACAACCCGUAACCAAAAUGAGUUAUUGCCCGCCAUGAUUUCUGGUGUGCAUAAUGCCCAGGGCACGAUUCCCACUGUUGGAAUUUGAAAUUUUACAAAAAUGCAGAACCAAACAAUCAAUUACUUGUGUGUUGGCUGUCUGCAGUGGCCUGUCAGACAGGUGGUGUUACAGUAGCACCAGUCUCCUCACCCUGGUAUGCGAGUAUGGUGUGACACAUUAUGAUGGAUGGUCAAAUUACGUGCCCCUGAGGCCUCUCUGGCGCUCAACCCUGUAAGCGUCCAACACACUUGUGGAGGGACUGCAGUGUCCUUGAAUCUGGACUUUAGAUUUGUCGACGUAGAAUCGCACAGAAUCCCUUUUUUUUUUCGGUCUACUGGCUCUCUGUUUUUCCUUUUCUUAAGCGCCCACCCUGAAUGUUGGGAUAAAGAUAAGAAGUGAGCCAGAUGUUGUUUGGGGGGUGGAAGCGUAGUCUUGUGAAAGCUAUUUAGUGAGCCUCAUAGGGAGAGCCGUCCUGUUGUUUUACGUUAACAAGCCCAGCAGCUUGGCAGUGGAACUGAGGCCAUAACUGCUUUGCUUUGUUUCCUCCCCCUUUUGCCACAUUUAUGGCAUUCACAGGUGUGUGUAGGUGUGUAUGUAUGUGUGUGUGUGUGUGCGUGUGUGUGUGUGUGUGUGUGCGUGUGUGUGUGUGCGUGUGUGUGUUGUGUGUCUGUGUAAUUAACACUACCCAAGUAAACAAAUGAUAUGCACAUGAACUGAAAGUGCAGAAAGGUGAGAGAGAGUUCUCAUUUGAAGGCAGAUUUUUUUGGGGCUGUGACAAAGCUUCUCAGUUUUGCCAUUGUUAAACGUUCUCCUGAGCAGCCUAUGAUGAAGAAUUAUCAUUUACAUUUUUCCUGGUCUGACUCCCAUUUUUUUUUUUGGUUUCACUUCCAUCUUGCCUUGUUUAAUAAGUCUUGACACUUUUUUUUUAAUGUUGUAAAUAUGUACUGAACUGCCUCUGCCAUUUUUGUUGUCUUUUGUAAAGCGUCACUUGGCCUGGGAUGACUCACGUGUAUGGAUGUACAAACCAGAUGAUGUUAUAUGGAUGUAGAAACCAGAAACAUAUGCUUUUGUGAUCACAACCAGAAGAUGUGGUUCAGAUAUUACACAGAAUGUAUUCCUUUUUGGUUUUUCGUUGUUUCCAGACAACAACCGCCCAAUUGUAAAUGACUUUGAGGAGAAUCGAGUAAAAAAAAAAAAAAAAAGAAAGAAAAAUGUGACACGGGCUGAUUGGACCCUCUGUUUUUCCCAUAAAAAGGUACCGACGGGAACUGACACAACAACCCACCACUUUCUGUUACAUUAAUGUCCUGGGAAUUAUGCUUCACUCACACAAAAAUUGCACCUACCUUGGGGAACAAAGGGAUUCUUCCCUCGGUUCAGUCCUACUCUUCACUUCUGUUAUAUCAAAGUCUUCCUUGUACAUUUUCCUCUGAGGCAAUGAACCACUGACUUUUUAAUCUAAAUGAUAAAAAAAAUAAAUUAUUAGUUAAUGA